GAUCACGUGCAAAAAUAUCUUCCUCACUCCAAGCUGUACAACAUUGAUCACUGCACCUGCUUAUGAUUUAAAAUUUAUACUAAGAUUUCUAGCCAAAGUGUACUAGAUCUACAGAUCGAGAUGAGACUUGUCUUCCUGGAUUAAACAGGAAUCUGGUGUGUAGGUGCUCCUCUGGAUCUUCUACUCCUCAUCUCUAACUUUUGAUAUCUUAUGUAUAACUAAACUGCCUACUAGACACAAAAAUAGUGGCGCAGAGGAGGUUGGACGCGCGUCAUCCACCGUCAGGUUUUAUCACGUGCGCUCAUAAGCAUCUAAUUACGAUUAGACACCAUUAGGCACCUCGAUGCUCAGGAAACUACCCCCCCUACAAUCCCGCUCCGGCCCCCACAAGCUGCUCAUCAUCGGCACCACUGGUCUCAGUGACGACGUGUUAGAGCUGACUGGUUUACAGGGAGCAUUCAACAGCUGUAUAGAUGUACCCUAUCUGAGCAGUGCAGGGGAGGUCCUCGCUUGUCUCCUUGACAAUAGCAUGUACACGUUCUCUGAGAGUCAAGCUAAAGCACUCAGACAAAGAUUGACCAAGAAAUCGUGUCACAUUGGUAUGAAGAAGCUCAUCUCGAUUAUAGAAGCAUCUAAAAAGGCAAAUAGUUAUGAUGUGGACAUGAUCGUAAGGAGGUUAGAAAUUGAAGGACACCUCACCAACUAAACUAUUGAUAGCAUCAAUUGCUGCCACUUUCUAAGACAUCUCUGAAUAUUUUAUUUUAGUUUUGCGUUCUAUACAUUUUAGCUGGAUUUCCUAUAAUUAUUAUUGUUAUUUACGCACGUAUAA